AUGGCUCCCCUCCCCAUCCCCUCCGAGAUCACCGGCGAGCGCCGUCGUCGCAUUUCGCAGACGUACACGCACCUCCACAAUGAGCUCGACAAGGACAUGGAGGCGCUCCGCGCCGACUACCGCCGUACUCACUACUUCAGCGCCCGCGCCAUCCAGGGUGCCCUGAAGAUGGUUGAUGAGAUUGAGCAGGGCAAGCGCGCUGUCCUGCACAAGCUCCAGCAGGAGGAAAUGGACAACCACCUCACUUCUAAGCUUAUCACCACCUCUGUCGUUGAGCAUGUUGGGUAG